AUGGAGCUUAUCGCCCAUUCGCUUAUAAAUUUGGGCAAGCCACGCAAAAUACGAGCACUGAAGCUCAAGAGAAUGGCAUCCCCUUCACAGAGACACGCUAUUUCCUUCAACACCGAUUUCUGUUUGCAAUUGGCAUUCAGAGUUCUUCAGAAACAAAUUGAAAAGGGUUCCAAUUUCGUGUCUUCCCCACUAUCUCUCUAUAUCAUAUUGAGCCUUGUUGCUGCUGGAGCUAAAGGAAAAACCUUGGAGCAACUUCUCUCGUUUCUGGGAUCUAAUAGUAAAGAUGAUCUGAAUUCUAUGUCUUCACAAUUUGUUUCUAGUUUAAGGCAUGUUGAGGGCACUGAAAGUGGAGGUCCAAUUCUGUCUUUUGCUAAUGGCGCUUGGGUGGAAAAGACUUUUGGAUUGAAGGCCAGUUUUGAAGAUAUAGUCAGAAAUGUAUAUAGAAGCCAAAUUGAACUGGUCGACUUUAUCAAAAAGGCUGAGAAAGUUGCCCAGGAAGUGAACUCAUGGGUUGAAAAUGCAACUAGUGGACUGAUAAGGGAGAUUCUUCCAUCAGGUUCGUUAGAUCAAGAAACAAAACUAGUUCUUGCUAGUGCUCUAUAUUUCAAAGGAGCAUGGGAUCAAAAGUUUGAUCCAACCAUGACCAAAACCAAAAGCUUCAAUCUUCUAAACGGGGAGAAUGUAGAAGUUCCAUUCAUGACCUCCAAGAGAGGUGAAAAAUAUUAUUACAAUUCCUUUGAGAAUUAUAAAGUACUCAGCAUACCUUACCAAAGUGGCAGCAGCCCUUUGAAGUUUAGCAUGUAUUUCUUUCUUCCACAUGAGAAAGACGGCUUACCAAAUCUGAUUCACACUUUAAACUCAAACCCCAGCUUUUUAAAUCAAAAAUUUAAACUGCGGAGAGAGAAUAUGCAUGAAUUUUGGAUCCCAAGAUUUAAAUUUUCCUUCAACUUGGAUGCCACAGAGGGCAUGAAAGAAUUGGGUCUAACUUUACCUUUCACUCCUGGGGAGCUAACAGAAGUGUCAGAUUCUUCUUCUAGCCACAAGCUUUAUGUUUCAAAUAUUUUGCACAAGGCAUUUGUUGAAGUCAAUGAAGAAGGAACCGAAGCUGCAGCUAGCACAGCAGCUACUUCAAGAAAAUGCUGUGCCAGGAGGCCCAUACCAAGUUUUGUGGCAGACCACCCCUUUGUGUUCAUGAUAAGGGAAGAGACUUCCAUAGCUGUAUUCUUCAUCGGAGCAGUGCUUAAUCCGCUCUUGGAUUCUUAA